CAUCUGGCGCCGCGUUCCAUCAGCCUGCAGUGUGGAGGCUUUAGGAGAGGCAGUUAGAAAAGGAGAGGUACUUAUCUCUCAGCCCCAGAGCAGCACUCGUGGUGCCUGUCUAGACUGUGACAGGUGGAGCUGCUGGGCUAAUUACGGAUCUGAUGGGGAAGUUUUCCUUGACUUUCACGUGGCUUUGGCUGGGGAGCCCUGAGAAAGUGGCUGCCUCCUUUUUCUUAAGCCUGGCUUCCCAUACAGCAGUGGCUGGGGGAGAGUGAUGGAGAGAAAGGCUAAGCUAAGGGCCAAAGAAAGUGGAGGAAGGCUGGCUUGUCCCGCUGGACUUCACGGCGGAGCUGCUGCAAUCUCGCAGGCUGGGCUCCUGCCCGAGGUGGACCCGAGUGCCUGCGGGGAGGCGGGUGUGGCUCCUCUGGGAGGUGACAGCUGGCGGGGCCCGUUCGGAUCUGGUCUGCUCCGGCUCCCCUGUCGUAGCCGGCGCCCUGGAACCAGCGCAUGAGCACGUCUCGGAGGAGUCCGAUGCGCUGGGUAGGGCCGGUGGUCACCCCCGCCCCGCUUCCAGGGGUGACUGUGCCUCUGACGUCAGAUGGCUUUUGGGUCAUUCCUUGGCACCAGGGCUUUAUUUUCAUAACAGCAUGAAGUGCCGUGAAACUGGAAUAGGCGUGUCCUCUGCCUCGACCCUCCCCCGCCCCUUGUCCCUCUGCUCACCCCUCGCUCCUUCCCUCCCUCCGGCGAGGGCCGCCUUUAUAACAACUGCUCGGAGCGGGAGAGCGGGAUAGCUGUCCGAGGGCGCCCCCAGCACUGAGGAGCUCGCCUGCUGCCCUCUUGCGCGCGGGAAGCGGCACCAAGUUCACGGCCAACGCCUGGGCGCUAGGCUGCACAGGAAGAGGAGCCUGUAGCUUCUAGAUGGGGGCUCUGCCUUACCGUCUGUCUGUCCAGUACCAGAACUGUUCUUGAGGCAAACACCACAUCAAUCUCUGUCAAGAUUUAGAGUCAUCAGGUUCAAAGUCCCUCAUAACGACCAGGUCCAGAAUGGCUACAACAGUCCCUGAUGGUUGCCACAGUGGCCUGAUAUCCAGGUACCACAGACUUUGUGAUAAGGCUGAAGCUUGGGGCAUCGUCCUAGAAACGCUGGCCGCAGCGGGGGUUGUGACCUCGGUGGCCUUCAUGCUUGCUCUCCCACUCCUCGUCUGCAAGGUGCAGGACUCCAACAGGCGAAAAAUGCUCCCGACUCAGUUUCUCUUCCUCCUGGGUGUGCUGGGCAUCUUUGGCCUCACCUUCGCCUUCAUCAUCAGACUGGACGGGAGCACGGGGCCCACACGCUUCUUCCUCUUUGGGAUCCUCUUCUCCAUCUGCUUCUCCUGCCUGCUGGCUCAUGCUCUCAAUCUGACCCAGCUCGUCCGGGGGAGGAAGCCCCUCUCCCUGUUGGUGAUUCUGGGUCUCGCCGUGGGCUUCAGCCUCGUCCAGGAUGUCAUCGCUAUUGAAUAUAUUGUCCUGACCAUGAAUAGGACCAACGUCAAUGUCUUUUCUGAGCUUUCCGCUCCUCGUCGCAACGAAGACUUUGUCCUCCUGCUCAUCUAUGUCCUCUUCUUGAUGGCGCUGACCUUCCUCAUGUCCUCCUUCACCUUCUGUGGUUCCUUCACGGGCUGGAAGAGACAUGGGGCCCACAUCUACCUCACAAUGCUCCUCUCCAUUGCCAUCUGGGUGGCCUGGAUCACCCUGCUCAUGCUUCCUGACUUUGACCGCAGGUGGGAUGACACCAUCCUCAGCUCUGCCUUGGCUGCCAAUGGCUGGGUCUUCCUGUUGGCUUAUGUUAGUCCUGAGUUUUGGCUGCUCACAAAGCAACGAAACCCCAUGGAUUAUCCUGUUGAGGAUUCUUUCUGUAAACCUCAACUCAUGAAGAAGAGCUAUGGUGUGGAGAACAGAGCCUACUCUCAAGAGGAAAUCACUCAAGGUUUUGAAGAGACAGGGGACACGCUCUAUGCCCCCUAUUCCACACAUUUCCAGCUGCAGCCUCCCCAAAAGGAAUUCUCCAUCCCACGAGCCCACGCUUGGCCGAGCCCUUACAAUGACUACGGAGGAAAGAAAGAGGGCAGCUAACUCUGUCCUGAAGACUGGGACAAACACAGCUGGGCGGCAGAUCCAGCGGGAGCUCAAAGGGAUGUGGGCGAAAUCUUGAGUCUUCUGAGAAAACUGUACAAGACGCUACGGGAAGAGCUUGCCUCCCUCCCACGUCAACCACAAUUCUUCCAUGCUGGGGCUGAUGUGGACUAACACGACUCCAGUUCUUAGCGGCCUGUGGUGUUUUUUUUUCUUUUUCUCAUCCUUAGCAUACUUCUUUUAAGUGGGAGUCUCAGGCAACUCAAGUUUAGACCCUUACUCUUUUUGUUUGUUUUUUGAAACAGGAUCUUGCUCUGUCACCCAGGCUUGAGUGCAGUGGUGUGAUCACAGCCCACUGCAGCCUCGACCUCCCGUGCUCGAGCAGUCCUCCCAUCUCCGCCUCCCAAAGUGCUGGGACUACAGGCAUGAGCCACAGCUCCCGGCCUAGACCCUUACUCUUGCUGUUACUUUCCAUGGACUAAAGGUCUGGUCAUCUGAGCGCACGUUGGCUCACACAGCUCUAGGGGCCUGCUCCUCUAAGUCACAGUGGCUUUUGUGAGGAUUGCUUGGCCCAGAGCAGACCUGCACAUCUGAACAAAAACAGCACAGGCCUGUCUCUCAACCCACUGGCCUGAAUCUACACUGGAACCAACUUGCUGGCACCCCCGCUCCCCAACCCUUCUUGCCUGGGUAGGCAAGGCUAAAAGAUCACCCUACAUUUACUCAUCUCUCUGGUGCUGCCCCACAUUGGGCCUCAGCAGCUCCCCAGCACCAAUUCGCAGGUCACCUCUCUCUUCUUGCACCGUCCCCAGACUUGCUGUCAAUUCCCAGAUCUAAUCUCCCCCUACGCUCUGCCAGGGAUUGUUUCAGACCUCACUGGCCCAGGCCCAGUUGCUCCUUGUCAGGAGAAUUUGCAGAUCAUUCUUACUCUAAAUUCCUGGGGCUGAUACUUCUCUGUCUUGCACCCCAGCCUCUGUAAAUAGAUUUACCGCAUUCACGGCUGCAUUCUGUAAGUGGGCGUGGUCUCCUAACAGAGGAGUGUUCAUUGUGUAAUAAGUUAUUCACCUGAGUAUGCAAUAAAGAUGUGGUGGCCACUCUUUCACGGUGGUGGCAGCAGUUA